AUGAUUCCCUUGAAUUUGAACCAGGAAAUCCUUUUAGUCGCUCUUUCUAUAGAAUUUUAUGGCCAAGUUAUUAUCGUCUGCCGCCCAAUCUCAAGUCUUGUUUCUUACUUCUGCAAUUUUCCUGAGGAUUACUCUAUCAAAUGUGGAAGACUAAUUCACCUGUGGGUGGCUGAGAGAUUCAUUGAACAAAAACGAGUUAAAACUCUAGAACAAGUGGCGUAUGAGUACUUAGAUGAGCUAAUUCAAAUGAGCUUGGUUCAAGCGAGCAGAUGGGAUUUAGAUGGACGAGUAAGGAGUUGUCGAGUAUCUAAUCUUGUAAGAGGGUUCAUUCUUUCCGAGUCUAUGAAGGAUAACUUCUUUACUGUUGUGAGGAGACAACACACCAGUUUGGGGGGUGAGAAGAUCUGCCGCUUAUCUCUCCACAAUUGCUCCCCCUCUAUAUUACAAAGCAAGGACCUCUCUUAUCUUCGUACAUUUUCUCUGUUUGGGAGAGACAAUCGUAUUGAAUCAUUGACCAGAAGUUUUUUCAGAAAGUUCAGGUUGUUGACAGUUUUAGAUUUGGAAAAUGCAGCCUCGCAUCAUUUUCCUGAAGAAGCUGUCAAACUCAACCUCCUAAGUUACCUAAGUCUGAGGAAUACAAAGAUAGAGUCAGUUCCAAAAUCUAUUAAGAAGCUUCGAAACUUAAUCAUUUUGGACCUUAGAAAAACUCAUGUCACCAUUUUCCCAAUGGAGAUUGUUGAACUUCGUAAGUUGAUCUAUUUGUUAGUUGGUGACCGAGACAUAUAUCAGGCUGCUGUAGGGGCACAACUGUCUUCAGGAAUUGGGUGUUUGACGAUGUUAGAGAAACUAUCACUUAUCAAGGCAAACGACAAGAACCGGAGCAUUGUAAAAGAGUUAGGGAACUUGAUUCGAAUGAGGAAACUUGGGAUCACAGAACUCAAGGUAGAAGAUGGAAAAAAUUUGUGUGCAUCCAUUGAGAAGAUGGUGCAUCUUUGCUCUUUGUAUGUGAACUCAGCAAGCAAGGAGGAGUAUCUUGAUUUGAAUUAUGUGACGAACUCUCCUCAACUGAUUAAUAGUCUAAUUCUUGGAGGAAGAUUGGAGGAAAUUCCAGCAUGGAUUUGCAAACUUAACAGUUUGUCUAAAAUAGAGCUCAAAUGGUCAAAAUUGCAGAACAGCCCACUUGAGGCCAUUCAGGCUUUGCCUUCUCUAAAGGAGCUUCAUCUGUAUGAUGCUUACACUGGUACGGUGAUGGAAUUUAGUGCUGAAUGCUUUUUGGGAUUGAAGAUGUUAGAAAUUGAACAAUGCAAUAGGUUAAGCAAGGUUGUGAUUCAAGAACGAGCACUGCCUAAACUUCAAAAGCUGACAAUAAAAAAAAUGUGA